AAUGAAUUUAGCAACUAAAAAAAUAUCAAAAUAUGUAUGAUAGAAAUAAAAAAGUACUAGUAACUUUAAAGUUUGGAUUUAAUUAAAAAUAUUGCAUUGUUUUUCUGAAACAAUUACAAUUAACAUGAUAUAAUUAAACAAGGAUUACUGAUUGUCUAAAUUAACAACAUGUCUAAAACAAAGCAAAACUUAAUGAACAAUGAACAAUAUUUUACGUGUUUUUGCGAAAAAUAUGCGAAUAACACAAGAAAUUUGGUGUUAAAAGGAAGGGAUUUAAUUAUUGCAAAGGGGUGAUUGUAUUUUAAAAUAAAUAUUUGUUAAUAUUUUUUAAAGAGAUAAUGUUUGAUUAUUUAUAAAUUGUAUAUAUUUCUAAUGUUAGCAAGCGAUUAGAAGAUUCGGAUAUAAAAUUUUUAUUGAUAUUUCUCAAACAAAAUCAAGACAUUGUAUCCCUUAACUUAGCCUACAACCAAAUCACAUGUAUUGGCUUCAAAAACUUAAUUACUUACUUACUUGUAUAUAAAAAUAUAUACAAGUUAAAUGUUCAAAAUAAUAAUAUAAUGGAAGCAGGUAUUGAUUAUAUGUGUGAAAUAGGACAAAAUUUACGUAUCAAGAGCCUUCAAUUAAGUGGGAAUAAGUUUGGCAUUGAAUCUUCAAAAAAAAUAGCGUUACUAUUAUUGAAAAAUCCAUACUUAGAAUAUUUGGAUAUAGCAGAAGUUGAUCAAACUAUUUCAAGUUUAAUAUAUUUCACAACAGUUAUGAGAUUAGAUCAACCUAUGUAUAAUGAAACUUUAAAAAUUUUGGACAUUAGUCGUCCAAAUCCAGGAUGUAUGUAUUUUUUUAAUGCAGAACAAUUUGCAACUCUAAUUGGACAUAUGUUAAGAAAUAAUACUUGUUUGUUUGCAUUGCAUUUACAAAAAUGUGGUUUUAAUUGCCAUGACAUUGAAUGUAUGAUGGUAAAUGCACAAUAUAAUCACACAUUACAUUUUCUUGAUCUUGCAUGUAAUAAUAUAGGAGAUCAUGGAAUGCAUCAUCUUGCUAAUUGGCUUAUAAAAACUUCUGCUUUACGUGGCCUUAUUUUGAGCAAAAAUAUUAUAACUGAUCAUGGUGCAAGGAUAUUAAGUCAUACUAUACCAUUUUCCAAGCUCAAAUUUUUAGAUAUUUCAUUUAAUAAAAUAACUGAUGAAGGUAUGGUAAAUAUUUUAAAUUCUUUAAAAAAGAUUUCACUCAUAAAAAGCUUACGAAUAUUUGGAAACUUUCUUAGUCAUAUAACUGCUAAGACUAUAAAGAGAAUAUUAUUAUCAAAAGUUUUAUAUCAGACAAAUCUUGAUGUCAAGCCUUAUAGAGUAGAAGAUAAAUGGUACUGUGCUCAAUAUCCAAUGGACUGUUCUAAAGAACAUUUGUAUGAUAUGAUUGAACUUUCCACAAAGAACAAUAAAAAAGCAGAAACUUUUUCUAACAUAUAUAAAUUCAAUGAAACAAGUAAAAUAAAAAAAAGAUUAUAA